UGAGGUAAAACGGGUACAAACUGUAGAAUAUUCCACAUAAUCUAGAAGAUUCCAUUAAAUUUGACACCACAAGGAUAGACGUGCAAGACAAUUCAUAGUUAAGAGGGUAUUAUAAUUACUCAAACAAAACGGGGUUUUUUUUGUAAAUUAACCAUAUAUCAGGGAGGUCGCCGUAAUUUACCUUUAGAAUUAAUUAUAUCCACCUUUGUAGUUAGUAAACGUACCACCAAGCAUAAAUCAAUAUUAAUAAAUGAUGAAUCACCAAAUUGAAAUUAAAAUGUAAAAAGAAAACAAAAAUAAAUAAAAAUAGAUCCGAAUGAUUAGCUCUGUUCAAAGUUUUACCAACACUCCUCGAAAGUGGUGGAUCGUUAACAAAAAUCCAACAAAAACAAGAAUUCAACUGAUCAAGAAAUCAAACAUACUACUGCUUGAAUCAAUUUCUUGAAAUCAAUAAAUCAAAAUCCAAUUUUUUUCUCUUUUAUUUUUUUUUUUCCGAUUCUAACGUGGAGAAGAAAGAGAAUCACAAGGUUGCAGAAUUUCACGCACUCGAAAAUCAACGAGAGGGGCAAAAAGGGAAAGAAAUUGUUACCAGCAUUUUCUGGAGGGAUGAGCAAUAAUAAAGAGCCGGCCGUUAAACUAGACGACGACCAGUUAGCGGAGCUUCGGGAAAUAUUCCGAUCGUUCGACAGGAACAACGACGGCAGCCUGACGGAGCUCGAGCUGGGCUCCCUGUUGCGUUCGCUCGGCUUGAAGCCGAGCCCCGAUCAGCUCGACGCGCUGAUCCAGAGAGCCGACACCAACAGCAACGGCUUGGUGGAGUUCUCGGAGUUCGUGGCGCUGGUGGCGCCGGAGCUGCUGCCGGCGAAGUCUCCGUACACGGAGGAGCAGUUGAAGCACCUGUUCAAGAUGUUUGAUAGGGACGGGAAUGGGUAUAUCACGGCGGCUGAGCUGGCACACUCCAUGGCGAACCUCGGCCACGCGCUCACGGCUGAGGAGCUGACCGGAAUGAUUAGGGAAGCCGAUACCGACGGAGAUGGGAGGAUCAGCUUUCAGGAGUUUUCUCAGGCGAUUACGUCAGCUGCCUUUGACAAUUCUUGGGCUUGACUAUAUUCCCUUUUGUUUUUUAGGUUUGGAUUAUUUUCGUGGAACAAGUUUAGGAGAGUGAUUAUUUUUUUCCCCCUCGGAAAUCUGAAUUGUGCACAAGUGUUUGAUUCUGCAUACGGUCGGUCAACUCUCGACCAACAACUUACAAGAAACCUCUUUGUAUCCAUGGAUUUCUUGGUUGGUUUUCUAGCAUGAUGAAUUUUUAUACAUAUGUAUAUUAGCAUUUUGUUGCUCUGCAUAAACAAAGCUUGUUCAUCAUCUUGUAUUUAAAUUAGCAGUACAGUAUGUUAAGAAUCCUCGUACGUACGAUACGUACUAUGAUUGUCGUUUAUCAGACACGUAAA